AUGGUUUGGAAUUUUGAUGUGAAGACAACAACAAUUGCAAAUUGUUUUCGGCAUUGCAAGAUUCGGUCAGAAGAAAACAAUGUUCUCGAACCAGAAGUUGGUGAAUUAGAUGAAGGUAUCCAAGGAUUAAAUGAUGUCAUCUCUAAUUUACACUAUAGAAAUGUGAUGGAUGUUGAACAUCUUUUGAACUAUUUUAGCAAGAAUGAUGCAGUUAUAGAAUCACCUACAGACGAAGAAAUUAUUCAAUCGGUAAUGAACAAUAAUGAUGAUGAGAAUGAUCCUGAAUCAAAUGAUAGUAGCGUUGUCCCAAAUGUGUCGUCAAAAGAGGCAUUUCAAGCAAUAGUCACCUUAAGCAACUACUUACUACAAUACGAGCAAAAUAUUCCGGAAGUUGUGUAUGCUCUACAAAAAGUUAAGGAUGAGGUUCAUUUUGGUUUAGGUGGGAAGAAAAAACAAUCAACUAUAGAUACAUACUUUCAAAAUGAAUGA